GGCCCCGUGCGGUCGCGGCGGAGCCGGCGCUGCGGCAGCGGCAGCGCGGCGGGGCGGAAGUCCUUUGUUGCAGCCGCGGCGGCAGCAGCAGCAGCAGCGGCGGCGGGAGCGGCGCGGACACGGCUCUCCCCUCGGCGGCCGCCGCUUCGCCCCGCGCCGCGGGCUAUAAUCGAAGUACAAGAUGGCAAGAACCAGCCAUAGCAACUAUGUCCUUCAGCAGCUAAACAACCAAAGAGAGUGGGGCUUUCUGUGCGACUGCUGCAUCGCUAUCGAUGAUAUUUAUUUUCAGGCACAUAAAGCAGUCCUUGCUGCCUGCAGCUCCUAUUUUAGAAUGUUUUUUAUGAACCAUCAACACACUACAGCCCAGCUGAAUCUAAGCAACAUGAAGAUUAGCGCUGAAUGCUUUGAUCUUAUUUUACAGUUCAUGUAUUUAGGAAAAAUCAUGACAGCCCCUGCCAAUUUUGAACAAUUUAAAGUGGCCAUGAACUAUUUACAGCUAUAUAACGUACCCGAAUGUCUAGAAGAUAUACAGGAUACAGACUCAUCUAGUUUAAAAUGUUCAUCUUCUGCUUCUAGCACCCAGAAUAGUAAAAUGAUAUUUGGCGUGAGAAUGUAUGAAGACGCGCUCGCUAGAAAUGGCAGCGAAGCGAACAGGUGGGGCAUGGAGCCGCCAAGUUCAACAGUGAAUACAUCCCAUAACAAAGAGCCUGACGAAGAAGCUUUGCAGCUAAACAGCUUCCCCGAGCAACUGUUUGAUGUCUGCAAAAAAAGCACCACGUCCAAAUUCUCUCACACGAAAGAGCGCGUGUCCCACUCGCGCCGGUUCGGAAGGAGCUUCACCUGCGACAGCUGCGGGUUUAGUUUUAGCUGUGAAAAGCUACUGGAUGAGCAUGUGUUAACGUGCACCAACAGGCAUUCCUACCAAAGUGCCAGGUACUACAGUACUGAGAAGAUAGACUAUAGUGAAAAGGACUCUACUUCUAAAAUGAUCUCCACACAAACAGAAAAGUACAAGGGGGAUUCGAGCCAAGCCGCAGACGAUUCUUCAUCUCCCGUGUCAAACAUCACGAGCAGGAAAAGCAGCACGGUUGCCUCCGAGACCUCAGGUGAAGACGGAAGCAGAGCCUCUGAGAGGAAGAGGAUUAUCAUCAAGAUGGAACCGGAGGACAAUCCUACAGAUGAGCUGAAGGAUUUUAAUAUUAUUAAGGUGGCGGAUAAAGACUGCAACGAGUCUUCCGACAAUGACGACCUGGAUGAUGAACAGGAAGAGCCGCUCUACAGGUACUACGUUGAGGAAGAGAUGAGAGAGAAGAGAAAUGCUCGGAAGACUUUAAAGCCCCGUUUAUCCAUGGACGAGGAUGAAAGAAAGUGUUUGAAAAGUCCACGGCACCUUAACAGGAAGGCUUCUUCAGUGCAGGAAGACGUGGAGAACGCUCCCUGUGAACUUUGUGGGCUAACAAUCACCGAGGAAGAUUUGUCCUCUCAUUAUUUAUCCAAACACAUAGAAAAUAUAUGUGCUUGUGGCAAGUGUGGUCAAAUACUGGUCAAAGGCAAGCAGUUACAGGAUCAUGCGCAGACCUGUGGAGAACCCCAGGAUUUGACCAUGAACGGGGUCAGGAAUUCCGAGGAGAAAAUGGACUUGGAAGAAAACCCCGAGGAGCAGUCGGAAAUAAGGGACAUGAUGUUUGCAGAGAUGCUAGAGGACUUCAGGGACAGUCACUUCCAAAUGAACAGCCUUCAAAAAAAACAGUUAUACAAGCAUUCUGCCUGUCCUUUCCGAUGCCCUAAUUGCGGUCAGCGUUUUGAAACUGAAAACCUGGUGGUUGAACAUAUGUCAAACUGCCUGGAGCAAGAUCUGUUCAAGAACUCCAUGUUGGAAGAGAACGAGAGGGAUCACAGACGUAAGCAUUUCUGCAAUCUUUGUGGGAAAGGAUUCUACCAGCGCUGCCACUUGCGGGAACACUAUACCGUUCAUACCAAGGAAAAACAGUUUGUUUGUCAGACAUGUGGGAAGCAGUUCUUAAGAGAGCGCCAGUUGCGGCUCCACAAUGAUAUGCACAAAGGCAUGGCCAGGUAUGUCUGUUCCAUUUGUGAUCAAGGAAACUUCCGAAAACAUGACCAUGUACGGCAUAUGAUAUCUCAUUUAUCAGCUGGAGAGACUAUAUGCCAGGUCUGCUUUCAGAUAUUCCCAAAUAAUGAGCAACUGGAGCAGCACAUGGAUGUUCAUCUGUAUACAUGUGGAGUAUGUGGAGCAAAAUUUAAUUUGAGGAAAGAUAUGAGAUCUCACUAUAAUGCCAAGCAUUUGAAAAGAACAUAAGCAUAAACAUACUGUUAAAAGCAUUAAGUUGGCAGCAGAGAGAACACCAAAGCAAAGCAUAAGUAUAGUAGAAAAAAAUUGAAAAGGAAAAAAAAAUUUGAAAAUAAGUCUCUUUUUUUAUUAUUUUUUUUAAGACCCUCCUAACCAUAGGUGUCUAUUUAGGCUCAUUAAGUAUAUAGCUUUGAAAAGCAUCAUGUGUUUAAUUAUUACAUUUUCACUGUUUCCUAAUAUCAGUUUCUGUUCUUAAUUUUAUUGUUUUACUAAGUAGAUAUACAAAUCAUUAUUUUUAAACUGUAGAUUAAAAGCACAAUGUUACCCCUUCACUGACUGCUAUUAAACAGUUCUCGGAUCCAUGUCCGUAAGAUGAGUGCUUUAAUAUUUCCAUGCGUUGUUUCUUCAUGUGAAAAUUUUAGAUCACAGCGAUUAAUGUGCAAGAGAAUAAUUGUUCAUAAUCCCCAAAUUAAUUUUCAAAAUGAAAAAAAAAAAACCCAACAAAACAACAAUGCCAAGAAAUAAUCCUUUGUGCUCUGCCUCUGCCGUAAGGACAGAGCUGGCUGUCCUGGUCCCCUGCCUCUUGGCUGUGUUGGAAUGUGCAUCCCAGGGUGAGAGCACAUAGGCUCAGUUAAACCUCGCAGGCUUGGACUGGGAGUGCACAAAGGGAAAGGGAGUUACUGACUGUCGGGAUAACCCAGGAGUUCCUAGCACAGUGGUCGUUUUCCAGACUUGAAGUCCUAGCAGAACUGCUCAACUGACAUUGGCCUUUCUUUUACUGUCUGUACCUCUGUGGGUAUAUUUAACCUGCUUAUGCUAACAUACAGGGGAGGAGUGGCCGUGGUGGGUUCCUAGGAAUGCAGCGUGGCCACGUGCACUGGAGACUGCAUUCUCAGCCUAGCUGUGAACCGUGCCUGGCUGCUUGUGUUGGAAAGUUAAAAGCAGGAUGGGUGUGAAGAUAGUCCCAUUGCUUGGGUGGGGAGGGGAAUGGGGAGUGUGGCUCAUGUGAACCUUAGUUUUUUUGCCUCUGGUUUUCAUGAUACUUUAUGAAUGUUUUGUUUUUCAACAAGAAUUUAACGAGAAAAGACUGCAGAGUUUGCUUAAUAAAUGUAAAGACAUUUUAUGCCUUUUAAGAUUCCUUUCUGACUCUGGCAGAGCCCUAAUCUGCGUAGCUUGUCUCUUAAUUUAAUUGAAUUUAAAAAUCCUGCUAAGUACCAGCUGACAUCAAUUCAGUGAGGCACUUUGGCCUUUGAGAGAACUACUGGCUUUGACUCUUAGGCACCAGCUGUCUAAACCUUUGUUAAGUGUGUGAUUUGUGAUGGGGGGGAGGAGGAAAGGAUCCUGAUAUGUAAUGGUGGAGAAAAUGAUUAAAAGUUAAAACCUAGCAGUACUUUCUCCCAGCAGAUCUCACUUUAUCAGAGAGGGUGGGUAAUGCUAUCUCCUACUGAGAUGUGGAGGGAGGAAAGUAAUUUAGAUCAGCAAUUAAGGCAGUUGGAUGAGAUGAUCAUUGUAGGUCCCUUCCAGCUGAAAUACUCUAUCACCCCAUGUGCCAGUGGUGGGGUUGUGAAUAGGAGCCAGGAGCUGAGGGUCUACUCCAGGGCUUUCACGAGCUUGUUGCUGUCAGAGUUGAGUUUGUUUCUUGGGGAUUAUGAGGAGUAUUGAGCUUUAAUGUUAAACUGUUUAGAGAAAUGAACAUAGUACAGAAUCUCCACUAAAACUAUUCAAAUCAGUAUGAAUUGCCUUGCAUUUAUUCAGUUUUAAAUGUCCAUUAGGAUUUCUCUUGGCUGGCAGAUGUGUGCAUUUCUGCACUGAUGGAGGAGGCUCCCCCACCACACCUCAGUCCUGAACUGGCAGCUGGCCCUGGGCACCAAUUGCUUCGGGUGCAAUUCAGACCUUUAAUGUUUUGCUUUAACUGCUCAAUCCUGUGUUUUCUCAUGUGAUGCUGAAGCCAACCCAGUCCUGAUCAACACUGGGGCCAAAAAGAGCACAGCCAUGGAUGCACUCCAGCAUUGCAGUUAAUUCAGAACUUCAUCCCUUAGGAUUUAUUCCAUGCUCCCCAUUCCAAACCAGGCUGAAGCUCAGUGUGUAAGGGUUCAAAGAGUAAGUGGGAUGGGUAUUUUAACACCUCUUAGCACUGGAAUUGUUGCUAAGGUGAUGAUGAGACUCUUUGAAAGACAAAAUAUUUGGCUAUAAUGAUUGUCUUAGAGUGAAGCAGUUAGUCAGGUGCUGUAGGGGAGGAGCUGGGGGUUCAUACACUGCACAAAGUGAUUCUCUGACAGGCAUGUUAUCCCUCCUGAUAUCAGCUGUGGCUGGAUUGGGAAAAGCUGUGAAGGAGAACUGGAGAGCACUGCGGGAGUUGGUGGGAGAGUCUUGUGGCAUUGGAGUAGUGGGAAGACUGAGUGGGAGAAGAGAUCCUGAGUGGGAGGGAGUGGCAACGGCAGCGGGGCAGGAUUAGAGCUGUGCAGUGGGAAGCAAAUCCCAAAGGUGGCAUAGCAGGGGUGGCUGGAGGAGUGGAUAAAAUGUCCUGCAGACGCCUGUGAGACCGGAGUGAGAAUGACUCAGCUUGGCUGGGAGAGCUGUCGGCCGGAGCCAUGAGCUCACUACGGCACAAACUCGGAUUGCGGAGCUCGUACCAAGGACGGCGACCCCGCUGCCCCAGGGGCUGCAGGGCCACAGCACAGCCCAGAUUAAAGACUUUGUUGAAAAGGAGGAGGUGACCUCUGCAGUCUAAGGGAUCACUCUUGAAUACAGUGAAGGGCUAAGGGUGAUUUAUGGAGCCUGUUGCUCAGGAUCAGGAGCCCUUGUUAACAGUGUAUUGGUCUGCACUUGACCCAGAAAUGUUUCCCAAAAAAAGCGACUUCCUAGUGUAAGUAGACCUGCCAACUACAGAAGUUAAAUGGAGGAACUGGGAAUGAUGGUACUUAUGUGUACUACCAAACUUUAUAAACACCCUGGAGGACCUUUGUUUGCAAUUACAAGCUGUGUUGUAGUAACAAAAUAAGUUUGUUAAACCUUUGCAACUCAACUUGCUGUUUUUUCCUGUUCUAGUGAAACAAAACCUUGGAGUGCACAUGUAUGAAUGUCCAGACUAAGGCUCACAAAGAGCAUGAAUUACACUGCAGGGAAGUUUAAGAGCAGAUCUACUUAUAUGUAGACAGAGAAAAGCAAAAUGACUGAAGUAGCCUGAGAAGUGAUCAAGGGCAGUAUAAGAGAACAAAUCAAAGAUGCUAAGGCAUAAGCAAGUCAGCCUGGCUUGCAAGUAGAUGGGGAGAGUGUUUAAGGUGACAUGUGAAAGCGUGCAGGGGAACAGCAUGGGAGCAUUAAAGAAAAGGCCUGCAGUGACAGAAGGAAUUUGGCUGCUGUGAAUGGGGAGAUGGCCUGAGUGCUGAGGCAGCCUUGGGCUGGCCAGUCCUGAGUGUCCUUCCCAGAAUGGGACAGCAUCCUCAGGAGAGUGAAGUGACGGUGUUUCAAUGCUCCUACCAUGAUAACAGUGAUUUAAUGUGGAGACAGAAUGAAAGCAGGCAUGAAAAAAAAAUCAAUGGCAGUUAUGAUAUCCUAGAAGUUUUGCUGUCUCUUGAAGGGGAAGCAAAAAUGUUUCAUUAAGAGUUCUGUUUCCUCUGAUUUGUACUUUUCAGUCACAUAACAUUGUUCCUUUGCAUCUACUUAGUGCACUAUGGGGAGUGUUAGAGUGUUAAAGCACUUAAGACCUUUAAAACUGGGGGUGUGAGUGUAUCAUUGCACAAGGCGUAGCCAGAAAGAAAGAUUUGCCGGGUUCUCUAACUUGUAUUUUUAAGUGAUUUGCUUUUCUUAUUUUUGGAGGCCUUCUCCUUCUCUCUGUCCUGUUGUUUUUCUCAUUUUGGCAGUGGUGUGGGCUGCAACCCUGAAAAUAAUUUAUAAGUAUCCAGCCUAGCUCUUAGCUUUCAGGAUUUACUGGAAGGUAAAAAAAGGGAGUUAAUGAAGACCUAGAAUGAGCUUUAAAAUAUCACAAAAGCUGUUGCACUUCUUUCUCAGUUUUACAGGAGAUUUUUCAAAUGUUAAUAUAUAUAUACUUGUAAAUGCUGGUUGGCAACUUGUUGGUUCAAAUAGUAUUUACAUUUGUGUAUAAUGAUAUUUGUAGCCAAGUCUGUGGCGAAAUCUUCAUUUGAGUAGAUUAGAACAUCCCAGAAUUCUAAGAAUUGAGGCUUUUGUUAGGGGUCUUCUCUAUUUCAUAUUUUCAGUUGAUGGUGAAAAUACAAUUCAGCAUAUUUUUAAAUCAAAGCUGAAGACAGAAAAUGUACUGCCCUGGAGAAUAUAUUAAAAAUACAUUGUUAUAAAUGUGAAAAGUUUGACUACAGCAUUGCAUUUGAAUUGCAUUAGUGCUAAACCAUCAAGAGUCAGCUACUGGUGAGGACGUGAGUUUGCUUCUGGAGGCAGUGCCACCUUGAGCCCUGGCAGCCCCUUCUUCCUCCCUAUUAGUUUCAGCUCUCAUAUCCCCUGUGUGCCACCCUCUCCAUUGUAAAAAAAAGCACGUAUUUAUGUAGCUUCACAAUGAACUGAAUCCAAAAACUGGAUUUUUUUUUAUUCCCUAUGGGGCUGUUUUUUGGCUGGACCAGUUUCCCGCUGUGCUUCCCUCUCCGUCUCUGUGUCAGAUCUUGUGCAAGCACAAUAGAAGGGGUGGCACGAGGGGAGGAAUGAGUGGCUGGGAGGGGGCUCGUUUGCUUAAGCAAGCUGUACCAGAACUCAAAGUAUGUCCCGAGUUUAAGUCGGUCUCUGUCUCCCCCAAGCAUCCUCGGGCAAGCUGAACUCUUACAUUCAUGUCCUGUUUCCUGAUAAGGAAAAAGGCAGCCCAGCUUCUUACAAAUGAGACACAUCUCUGCUAUCUGCCCUCUUCGUGAGAACUGGAAACCUUCCUGCCUUCAGCUCAUCCCGCAAAUAUGCUCUGGAGCUUUCUCAGUCCUUCUCGAAGCAGGCUGUGUAGUGCUCCAUGACACUGGGCUUGUGUGGUUGGCCUGGCCCGGGGCCAGGAAUGAGCUUGGCCUUGUCUGGCCAAACACCAGGAACGGCUCCCACCUUCCUCUGGCCUUCAUGCCCUCCAGCUGUGGGCCCGGGAGCAGCUGUGGAGCUCUCCUGCUGCCCUCUGCCCCUCACUGCUUUUCAUAAGGGGAGAAAGUCAUCUCAUUUUUGGUCUAAUACUGGAAGCUCAGGAUAAUUCCGUGUGUGAGAUAGGGAGAUGCUGGCAGUAUCUGUUACCAUCCCCGUGUGCUUGCUCCUGACUUUUAAGUACUUUUUAAUCUGAAAGUGCUAAAAAUCAAAUCUUCUGACUUCCCUAGUUCUCAGUUGGUUUGAUACUUCUCACAGACUUGGAAGACCUACAAGAUGAAGCAUGACUAAUUUGACUUUAUAAAGUCUGCUGAAGGCUAGAAAUUAGGAACAUGUUUUUAAAAGCUGACAUUUCUGUAGUUCUCGGCUAUGAACCAGUUUUCUGUGUUUUCUUCCAGCUUCCAAAAAAAUCCUAAAAUUUUGCUGUGCAGUGUAUUCUUGAGACAUGUGAGUAGGCUGAGAUUUUGCAGGGGAAAGAUGGCAAAAAUCAGUACACAUUUUAUAAAUUAAAUGUCUUUUGCCACUUUUACAGUCACUUCUACAAAUCUGGAAUUAAUUGUGAUUUUGUUUUUUUCACGAAGAAAGACAAAUCUUAAUUUGUAACAGGACAACAGAGCUCAUGACUCAGGAGUCACUUCAUCAUGACUAUAAAUAUUCAGCCCUGAAACAAACAGCCCCAUGUUCCUUUUCAUGUACUUGAAUGACCAGUGCCAAUUUUACAGGAGAAAAGCUAUCAGAUAUUUGUUUCACUUAUUUUUGCCCUCAAGUGUCUUGUAGGGUGGAUUUUUUUUUUUUUUUAAUUAAA